ACUGCGAACGCCGAAUAUGCGCUAAGGUGUCAACAUAUCGAUGUUCAAUAACAAAAACAUGGUCUUGUUGGAUCGAUAUCAGGUUAUUGUCCGUGAGUUUUAUAUGUUAAACAGAAGAGAAGGAUGAGACGCAAUGAGGCCUAGCAGUGGGCUAGGUUGUGAUCUAUCGAGUGUAAUUUAGAGUUAUCCGCUGGAAGAUGUGCUUAUCAGCAAGGAUUGUUUCAUGUAAUGGUGUAUUUAAAAGAGGUUGCAAAAGGAUAAUGGAAUAGUGGCUGAAAAACCUAAUUAAUAUUACCUCUAAAGCACAUGGUGCAAACACAUUAUGACAAUUACCACCAUGCCUCUAAGGAUGUCACACAAAUGGCCUAAAUCUUGUGGAUUUGAUAUAUUUGGUGAAGGUCCAACAUAUAUUUUAAGUGUAGCCAAAGGAAGUAUCGCCUAUAAUGCUGGCCUUUCACCAGGAGAUGAAAUCAUUGAACUAGACGGGGAAGAUGUCACAAAUGCUUCGGCAACAACUCUCAAGUCCUUGGCUAAGCAUAGUAGGUCACAGCCCCCUGUCUUAGGAGUGAUAACGAGACUUCAGCAGGUAGAGUUAGUGUGUGCCAGAGUUUCAGGGUGUGGAUUUGAUGUUCAGGGAAAUAAACCUGUUCGAGUUAAAAAUGUGGAAUUAUCAGGGCCAGCUCAUCAAGUGGGCAUCAAACCAGGUGAUGUUCUUUUGGAGAUCAAUGGUUUUUCAAUCAGGAAACAAGAGGACAUUAGACCCUUCCUAACUGGAAGAUUAAGACGGCUCUCGGUCAGCCUUAUACCAACAGGGAGAAGGAAAGAGUAUAAACGGGUGGUCCGGAGGAACGUUCAAGCUCAGAAUUUGGCUGGGGAGUGGGGGAGAGUCAAAAGAGCUAAGUCACUUCAUGAUAGGAUGAAUGAGAUCCUAGGGAAUGACUAUGAGAAGAAAAUGGCAGUGGUCAGUGUGUUAAAGCAGUAUGCAGAAGACAGGGAUGUGGACAUGUUGGCCAGAGCUCUAGCGGCCAUUCUCAAGACGCCCAGACAGACUGGGAUUAUUCAGCAAAUCAGGCAAUUUAUUCCUCCCAAGCAAAGAGCAAGAUUUGAUGAAUUUCAUAAAUAUCAAAGAGCAAAUAUGAUCAAUUUUGAUGAAGAGGCAUCCAAAUUUGAUCAUGCUCACACAGACAGAAGAGUAAUCCAAGUCUUUCGAGAGAGUGGAAGCUUUGGCUUUGUGAUUAAGGGGAACAACCCUGUGUGUAUUGAGUCAGUGGACCCUAUGGGACCUGCUGAUAAGGCGGGACUCCAGGCUGGGGAUGUGAUUCUGAAGUUGAAUAACAUUGAUGUCAGGAGGUGUACACAUGCACACUUAGUGCAGCUGCUUCAGGACAGCGGGUCGUCCCCAGAGAUCGAGGUUCUCAGAACUCAGAGAAACGAAGGUUUGAGUACACUCAGUAUGUCCACGUUGUCUCUAUCCUCCAUCUCUAGUCACGCCUCCUCUCAAUGGAUGAAAGCAGACGGCAAAGAAAUGAUUGACAGCAGCGGAAAGUCCUUCAAAAGUCAUGCUGAGUAUUUACUGACAUCAAAGGAAAGAUCUCACAUGAGAAAAGCCAUGAUACAGUAUGAUACAUCCAGAAAUGUAGUGGAUUUCUACCACCAAAUCUCCAUGAUACUGGACACACAGUCCAAGAAGACCCUGUGGAAGUUUAUCCUCAUGAAGUUGACCCCUCCUCACCAGGAAUACUGUCUGAAUAAGAUCAACCUGUCUGAGGAGGUCCUACUGGAGGUAGCAGCACUUCCUAGACAUAUUGAAAGAGCUGAUGGCAAGAAAAAUUCUAGGCCCUCAACACCAAGACCUAAACUGACCUCAUUCCAGCAGCAGUGUGAUUACUUGUUGACUUCAAGGGAGAGAACUCAUCUAAAGAGGUCACUUAGAGCAUAUGCACACAACAGAAAUGUGGAGAGUCUGAUCCAGUCAUUGGAGGUGAUUCUAGACACACCCUCUAAACAUACACUGUGGAUGUACAUCAUUCCUCUUCUGAUUACAGAGCAUCAGGACUACACGAGACAGAGACUUAACAUACAAACUAAUAACAAAAAUUCUUUCAAACCAGGAACUCCAGGAAGUCAUUUAGGAUCAACAAGGAGUAGAACAUUUGGAAACAUUGAUGAAGAUUUUAAAUAUGUAGGAGCAGCUGCAAAUGCACUGAGAAGAGGCAAAGGGAGAUCUAAUUGGUCCACCUACUCAUCAGAUGAGGAGGAUGUAAGGGACAGAAGUAUAAGGUCAGGGGUCAGAAAGGCCAGAGGGCGUUUGUGGAAGAAGAUGCACCCUGGGUACACCUACUCUUCAGAUGACAUUGAUCUUAUAGGGAAACAUGGAUAUGAUUUUGAGAGAAAAAGAGUUGGAAAUGGGAAAGGAUAUGACUUUGCUUUAAUGAAAGAGCUGGAGGAAACCAGAAAGGCUGUACAGGAAGCCAAGAAAGCAUUCCAGAUUAAUAGGGGAUCAGAAUCAGAGGAAGAUAUCCAUUCAGCUACUAAAUAUGUGACAGUUAUCCCAAUUCCCCAAUUUGACCAUUCACCUUUGAGUCGUCAUGAGAGUCCCAUCCUGAAUGGGCAUGCUCACUCAACCAGCCUUCCUAAUGGACUCAAUGAACCCCCAGAAAUUAUCUUCACUAGUGAGUCUGACAGUGAAGUAGAAAUUCAGCAAACUUUGCCCAAGUCCUUGUUUUCUGUGAAUUCCAUGGAUUCCUUCAACACCAGAGCACUGACUGCCUUGAAGGAACUCGAUGCAGCCAUGGCAGCAGAGGCUUCAGAUUUAGAGUUACGUCCCCUUGGGAUGAAGAAAAAAGGGAGCGUACUGCCCACGUCAUCUCAGUCCCAGUCAUCCACUAACGAGGAUACAGAUCCAGAUACAGACCAGGUGGCAGCACCUCCACCUCCAGCUCCCCCUCCCCCACCUCCACCCCCUCCCCCUUCUCUUGCAACAGAUGUAAGUGUGUAUUCUCAUCAAGUUAAUGUAAAGAGAAUAAACUGGGAAAAGAUUGGUGCUGAUAAAGUGGAAAAUACCAUCUGGGAACAGCUAGGAAAUGAUGACUUAGACGAUGUUAUCAAAUAUCUGGAAUUAGAAAAUCACUUCAGUAUCCAAAACAAAAGAGCAAAGGUACCUGAGAAAAGAAAUGAGAUAUACAUUCUAAAUCCCAAAAAGGCUUACAACAUUUCCAUACUGCUAGGACACCUGAGGUUGUCUGUGGAUGAAAUGAAGCAAGCCCUGUAUGAAAUGGAUGAAGAAAUCCUCACACCAGAGCUUCUAAGACAACUGGUGGCAUUUGCUCCCAGCAAAACAGAGAUGGAGCGCUUUAAUGCAUUUGAUGGUGAGAUAGAUGAGCUCAGUAAACCAGACUUAUUUGCAUAUGAGAUGAGCAGGGUUCCAGGCUAUGAGCAGAGACUAAAGGCAUUACUUUUCAAGGGAAACUUCAAUGAAAAAAUCACAGAAAUGAAAGAGAAUCUUCAACACAUUAGGAAAGCAUCCAAGGAGCUUAGACAUAGCAGAAAAUUAGCAAAGUUACUAGAGUUGAUAUUGGCUAUGGGAAAUUACAUGAACAAGGGAAACCAGAGAGUAGGAGAGGCAUUUGGAUUUAAGAUUACUUUUUUAUCUCAGCUUGACAUCACAAAGACCAAGGACAAUAGAACGACCUUUAUCCAUGUCCUUGCUGAUGCAGUGGUCACCAGGUUUCCAGAUGUACUGACUGUGGGAGAAGAGCUCAGUACAGUGAUGGCAGUAGGCAAGGGAAAGCUGGCUUGUAUGUCAAAUAUAAUGUUAAAUCAGGAGCUUCAAGAACUCAGAAAAGUAUUGCAGGAAAUAUCCAAUACCCUGGACAAAUUUGGUUCACAGAAAACUAGAAUAGUGAAUGAUAAGUUCCAAGAUGUAAUGGGUCAUUUCAUAUCUCAAGCCUCUGAUGAAAUUCAGGGUUUGUUUCGAUUACAAGCCAAUACUAUGGAGGAAUUCCAAAGCAUGGUGCAGUAUUUUGGAGAAGACCCCAAGAAAAGUAGCACCACAGAAAUAUUUGGAAUUUUUGCAGACUUUAUAACCAAAUUUGAGGCAGCUCACCAGCAGAACAUGAUGUACAGGAGGCGAUGACAAGAACAUUUGCUCUUACCAAGCAAUAUGUCUUGCAGUUGAUUUGUGCUUUCUGGGAGUUCUGUAGUUGUUUUAUAUGUACAUGUAAAUCAGACAUAUCAUUCCAGACUCACAAUAUCUGUCAUUACACAUUGAACAAUUUCUUUAAUAAAAUAUGUUAAAAAUA